UGUGGUUUCAUUUCAAAACGAGAAAGACAUAUUAUAUUGUAUUCGUUACAGUUAUUUUUGUUAGUAAUAUUUUUAUAACACAUCAGGUGAAUAUUUUGGCUUUUAAUUUGUUUAUUUAGUUUAUCUUAAUUAUUAAUAGUGCUUUGAUUUAGUUUGAAAAUGUUAAUCCGAUGCAGUCAAUGGAAUCAUUUUUAGAAGAUUUAAAUGUGCGAAAUAAAGGUUACCAAAAAAUUAAUAAAAGUGUCUCAGAGCGAUACGAUGUUUAUAAAAAAAAUCAGAGCAUUCCAUCAAAUGUUGUACUAAUGAUGAAACUCAUAUCUUAUUACGAGGAUAAGUUUAAAGUUGCCAAUCACGAACCCACCGAGAGAGACACAACUUCCUUCUCUGUACGAAUAGAGAAGGAAAAUUAUAACGGAAACAGAGUAAUACAAAGAGUCGGGUUUAAACCCAAAGAACGCUACAAUAAUAAUGUAUUAAUACCGGAAGUGAUAAUUGCGUAA